GCAUCAUAAACCAAACUACCAGGAAGUUGGCCAUGCUAGCAGGAAGUUGGCCAAGCUAGCAGGAAGUUGGCCAAGCUAGCAGGAAGUUGGUCAAGCUAGCAGGAAGUUGGUCAAGCUAGCAGAGAGUUGACCAAGCUACCAGGAAGUUGGUCAAGCUACCAGGAAGUUGGUCAAGCUACCAGGAAGUUGGCCAAGCUAGCAGGAGGUUGGCCAAGCUACCAGGAAGUUGGCCAAGCUACCAGGAAGUUGGUCAAGCUAGCAGAGAGUUAGCCUGGCUACUAGAAAGUCAGCAAAGCUACCAGAAAGUUGGGGAAACUACCAACAAGUUAGCCAAGCUACCAAGCGGUUAACUAGGCUACUAGGAGGUUAGCCAAGCUACCAAAAAGUUAGAUAGUCUACCAGUAUGUUAGCCAGGAUGCCAGAGAGUUAGCCAAGCUACCAGGAAGUUAGAAAAGCUACCAGGAAGUUAGCGAGGCUACUACCAAGUUAACCAAGCUACUAAGCCCUGAGGAAUAUCCCGUCUUUCAGGACAAGAUGUCCAGAAAAAAGUUGGUGGAAUGAAAAGAGUGAGCCCUCCCCCUCAAGUAUUCCACUCUCUCCCCCCCAUCAGUGAGGGAGAUGGGUGAGGUCGCAGUGUCUGGAAUGAAUCAAGAGGGGGGAUGGGAGGGCCAGACACCCCCAUCCGCUUCUUGCGGUCCAAUCCUGGCCGAGGUGGGCUGCGCUAAGGCCGGCCUGAAAGCCUCUCUCAGUGCGUGGAGCGUGGCGGAGGGCGGGGCUCCUUGGCACCGUUUGACAGCUGCAAAAAUAGAAAAUGUAUCGCUGGUGAUGAGGGGAAGCAUGCCGCUCCAAGCUUCAACACAUCGUUUAGAUUAAAAAAAAACUCUCCCUUUUUUUUACCAAAAAAUAAAUAAAUAAAAAUAGUGGAUGUUGCCUUCCACCAGGAGCAUGCACCGCGCUUUCUCCUUCCCGGUGACGGUGGAACGCAGCCGGACGAAAGAGCGCCUGGAGGCCAGUCUGGCCGGCCUGUGUGAGCUGGAGCUCCGCAAGCAGCGACAGGAAGGUCUGGUGCUCGGGGCGCUGGCUCUGGGGGACCCUCGGCCCAAACAGCAGCAGGAGCCCCCCGCCUCAGGAGGGGAUGCGUCCUGGUUCAGCAGCUGGGGUCAAGAAAACCUGACACUAAGGCGCCAGCUGAGCGCGCUUCAGACUUCCCCGUGGGGCCUCAUGCAGACGCUGGAGCAACAGGUGGGAGAGCUGCGCAUCGACACGGAGCACCAUGGCGGCCAUAACGGCGCUCAAGGAGACACAGGUUUCUGUGAGUCCAGUGAAGGUCAGUCGCCUAAAGGGAGAUCUUGUUCCGCCGAGACCGCCGAGAUGGUCCCUUCCUGCGCUUACACCAACGACAGGCCAAAGUCUCUGGGGGAUCCCCUCAUGUUGAAUGAAGCCGACAUGGCGGUUCUUCAUGCUGGCCUCCCUCGCUCAUUCUCCGCCCCCCACCCACCUCUGGAGGGCAUCGCAGAGGAGGGAACCCCAGUGGAGUCAUGGAUGUUUGAUGCCAGCAGGGGCGACCAACCCUGGCAGGAGCAUCUUCCUCCAGGUGAUCAGGAGGACUACCAGCAGGUGGUGAGGGUAGAAGGUUACAUCCUUAAUCUAGUCCAGCGUCACACACUAUCACCACGGCCAUGUCAGCCUCGCACGACGCUGAGCCCGGAUCAGUCGUACUGCUUCACCCCUGCACACAGGAGAAGCCCCUCUCUUUCCACUGAGCACCCAGGGCCCCAAGUUGACCCUUUGCCAAACCCAAAGAACCAAAGUUGGGGUUGUGACCUUCCAGAGGGUGAGGCCUGCGGAGGAGAGGCCCCAUCUCUGGAAGAGGAGCGUUAUUUGGUUCUGCCCUACCCCCAGUGUAGGCCACACUCCCUGACUGGGAGGUUACCAUCACCUCUUCCCCCGCUGGACCCCAACUGCGCUGCUGGGGCGCUUAACCUUUCUCGUGAACCCUCAUCCCCCCAGCAUUGUGCGCAUCCGCAGCCCCCGAUUAAUCACAAGCACAAUCUAGUAAGUGCUCAAUACAUCCCAGGGCAGGCCUGCCAUGCGCCCUUACGCUCCCCCAGACACUUCAACUCGACACAACCCAAAGUCCUCCAAGCCUCGCCUGACCACCCCAAGUCGAGAACCUCCAGGAAGAACCACAACGACAAACAGAGGUCGAAGAAGUCCAGCAGCAAAACCAGUCGGUCCCAGUCGGAGAAUAGCCUCCUGGGGCAACGGGUGGUGCCCGAGCGCAGGUACAGCACCACCGAGAGACAUCAGGCUCAAGGGCAAGUGGCAAAGGUCCACCUUGGAAGCAACAACGACAAGGCGGGUCGGCGCUGGUGCUCCAACCUGGAGCUCAGUCAGGAUGAAGGAGAGAGCCAUGUAGAGCAAGGACAUAGGAGGGCGCCUCGGAAAGCUCGUCACGCUCCCACUGGUCACCAUCAUCAGCAGCACCAUUCCCAACGCUGGCCCUCCGACUUCCAGCAGCGGGCGCCGCUCUGCCAAGGAGAGGACGCCUACGCCGCGGCUGCCCCCGCCGAGUCCGAGUCCAGCAUGAGCGAGGUGUACUCGCCGGCCUCCAGCUCGCUUUCCAGCGACUCGGAUGAGAGCGGCGGUCUGGUGUGGCCCCAGCAGCUGCCCCCUCGCCUCGCUUCUACCUCCUCGUCCUCCUCGCCGUCAGCGCAGGCCGCCGCCGCCGCCAACCCCCCGUCGCAACCCAAGGCCUUCGUCAAGAUAAAAGCCUCCCACGCCCUCAAGAAGAAGAUCCUUCGGUUCCGGUCGGGAUCCCUCAAAGUCAUGACCACCGUGUGAACCGGGAUUUGACUGUUGCAGCAGCUUUUCUCAGCCCAGCCUCUAAUUAGAGGCUGACAUGUCACGCUCGCUACCGACAAGCGUCCGCACCAAAACGGAUCGGCCUUGAUGUUCCCCUAAGUGACGAUAAUUGUUACCAAAUUACUCAAUGUUGACGAUGCCCGCACUGUUGCUAUGGAACUGAUGUCCAGAAGAAUUAUUGUCAAUGACUCAUCAGUUCAUGGCUCGUAAAUUCCCACCCGUGCAUGCUAGCCUAUGAACGUAUUGCCAUGACGUCAAAUAGAGCAAAAGUCUUGGGCCACCACUAGCUUGUACAACAGUGAAAAGUAAACAAGUACACAGUUGUUUGCCACCUUGCAUGAACCGGUAAGUAGCCUGCUAACCAACAAACAGGUCAGCACUCCACAGGGUGACGUUUUAAUUAAAUAUAUAAAUCUGAUGGUUCCCAAGACUGUUGCACAAGUCUUUGCAAACUCUCUUUCUCAGAGCUAAAGAUAAAUCUAGGCAGUGACUUCUUGCUAAAAGACCGAAAAUAUACUCUGUGGUUCGACUUCAAACGCUAGACUGGAGAUGUAUUAUCUUAAAGCAGCACUCGAGUGGAAUAAUAUAGUUUUGCGUAACGUGUGUUUACAUUUAGCUCACUCACAAGCCAUGGCCAGGGCAGGAACUGAAAGUAAGCAGAAUUUAGUAGACUUUUAAAGGAAAAGUCAUGCACUGUAAUUAGGAGAAAAUUGAUAUUUGUGGGGGUUUUGGGGGGGUCACUUGACAAGGAAUGAAUGUAAUAAUAUUAUUAAUAUAAGUGAUAAUACUCCCUUGCUACCCAACCCUUGCAUUUUCAGCGUGUGUUGGUUUUUGCACAAGAACACUCAUGUUACAGGAAAAUAAUCUAAGGUACUACAGAGCUUCACUUUGUGUCAGCUUUCUAACUAAAUUCUCGUGAGAACACGUCGCUGCAGCCGCUCUGCGUCUAUAAUGACUGGCUUAAAUUGUUGUCAGCUGUCGUCGGAGCCAGUCAGUCAUCAUUAUGGAGGUCAUUUUACGGCUGCGGAGUCAAGAGCGUGACCGCAAAUAAAGAGACAGGGACUCACAAAAUAACACGCUUGUACAUACUGUAUGUAACUACCUGGGUUAUCCAUGAUGUGGCCUUGUUUGGGAUGAAUGUAGUUUUUAAUAAAAACAACUUUGCUCUUGGUAUGUCAACAUAGUUUUACACUUUAUUAUUUGAGGAAUCACGUCCAACAACAACAGAAGAUAGCAGCAAAAUAAAUCAUAAAAAAACAAACAUUGAAUUGACAUCAUUUUUUAAAGAAGGGUCAUACAAAGAACUCCAAAACAACUCCAACAGAAGACAGUCGUAAUGGCACUUAAUGUCAGGUUGACAGUGACAUCGUUGCAUAAGAGGGGACUCCAGAAAAAAUAGAGACAGAGCAAAAAAAGACGACAACAGACAGCAGUGUAACAUUGACAGGACCAUCAUUGUUGAAGAGGGAACCGGGUAGCCAUCCAUCCAAUUACUACGGAUACGCGGUACCCUCAUCCUCAUUCCUGCCUCAUCGCAGAAACAGAGCAAAAUAAAAGAUGAUAGCAAAAGAAAAUAACAGUGUCAACGGCAACCUAGGAAACAAUGAGAGUAACAUAAGUCCUUAAAGGCCUACUGAAAGCCACUACUACCGACCACGCAGUCUGAUAGUUUAUAUAUCAAUGAUGAAAUCUUAACAUUGCAACACAUGCCAAUACGGCCGGGUUAACUUAUAAAGUGCAAUUUUAAAUUUCCCGCUAAACUUCCGGUUGAAAACUCCUUUGGAUGAUGACGUAUGCGCGUGACGUAGCCAGUGAAACAGGAGUAUCGGUAGCCCAUUGAAGCCAAUACAAAAUAGCUCUGUUUUCAUUUCAUAAUUCCACAGUAUUCUGGACAUCUGUGUUGGUGAAUCUUUUGCAAUUUGUUUAAUGAACAAUGGAGAUUGCAAAGAAGAAAGUUGUAGGUGGGAUCGGUGUAUUAGCGGCUGGCUGUAGCAACACAACAAGGAGGACUUACUUGGAUAGCAGACGCGCUAGCCGACGCUAGCCACCAACCGCAUCUGUGAUCGGGUGAAGUCCUUCGUCGCGCCGUCGAUCGCAGGAACGCAGGUGAGCACGGGUGUUGAUAAGCAGAUGAGGGCUGGCUGGCGUAGGUGGAGCGCUAAUGUUUUUAUCAUAGCUCUGUGAGGUCCGGUUGCUAAGUUGCUAAGUUAGCUUCAGUGUCGUUAGCAACAGCAUUGUUAAGCUUUGCCAGGCUGAGAAUUAUUAACCGUGUAGUUACAUGUUCAUGGUUUAAUACUAUUGUUGAUCUUCUGUCUAUCCUUCCAGUCAGGGAUUUAUUUAUUUUGUUUCUAUCUGCAUUUGAGCCAGAUGCUAUCACGUUAGCUCAGUAGCUAAAUAGCUUCGCCGAUGUAUUGUCGUGGAGAUAAAAGUCACUGUGAAUGUCCAUUUCGCAUUCUCGACUCUCAUUUUCAAGGGGAUAUAGUAUCCGAGGUGGUUUAAAAUACAAAUCCGUGAUCCACAAUAGAAAAAGGAGAGAGUGUGGAAUCCAAUGAGCCAGCUUGUACCUAAGUUACGGUCAGAGCGAAAAAAGAUAUGUCUUGCAUUGCAUUCUAGUCCGUCACUCUAACGUUCCUCAUCCAUGAAUCUUUCAUCCUCGCUCAAAUAAAUGGAGUAAUUGUCGCUUUCUCGGUCCGAAUCGCUCUAGCUGCGUUGAAAACAAUAGGAAAAUAUGAGGAGGCGAACAACUGACUACGUCACGCUACUUCCGGUAGGGGCGAGGCUUUUUUUUAUCAGAGACCAAAAGUUGCGAACUUUAUCGUCGUUGUUCUAUACUAAAUCCUUUCAGCAAAAAUAUGGCAAUAUCGCGAAAUGAUCAAGUAUGACACAUAGAAUGGAUCUGCUAUCCCCGUUUAAAUAAAAAAAAUCAUUUCAGUAGGCCUUUAAGAGGGGACCGAAUGGAAAAAAAAGAGAAGUGUGCAAAAAUACACCAAUGAAAAUGAAACACUGACGGCAGCAGUAAUUACAUACUUUGUGACAUUAGCAGGGAUAUCAUUUCUUAAAAGGGGACUUACAGAGAAACAUGAGAAAACUGAACAUAAUGAACAACAACAAAAAUGGGGAGAAAAGAAAAAUUAUGCCAUCCUUCCCAUUUUAACAUUGAAACAGUCAAAACAAUAUAUUUUAAGAGGGAACGGAUGAGAAUAUAGCAAAGAAACCAGACAAAGCAAUAACAGCGUCAAUGGCA